AUAUAUAUUCUGUGCCAUCCAAUCGGCCCCCUCGGAACGAGUGGUGGACGUUCUGUCAUCAGCGAUAUCUGCUGCUCCCGAGUACCGUUUUAAGUGCAGCAAAGCCUGGUAACGAGGGAGGGAAGCCAUCUCUGCGAGACGAGUACUGGUAGCUGAGCCAUGGCUUCCACCACCAGCGUCACAUGCGGCCUCACCUCCCCGGCUCUGGUCGACGCAAAGGUGACCCCACGUCAGACCGCCCCGCACUCCAUCGGCCUCCCGUCCCUGCCUCCUCCGCCCCACAUCGCGACCCCCAGCCGCCCGCAGGCCAGAGAGACAUGGACCACUGCUGCCUACUGUCGUAAAGUAGCAGGAAAAUUUAUCGUCAGGGCCGCAGGAGAAUCAUCAGCUGAAGUUGCAACCGAGCUUCCAGAAAUCGUGAAGAAGAUACAAGAUGCGUGGGACAAACUUGAAGACAAGUAUGCAAUCAGCGGCCUUGCACUUGUUGGAGCUAUUGCUCUGUGGAGCACAGGCGGCAUGAUCUCGGCUAUCGAUAGGCUUCCUGUAGUUCCUGGUGUUCUUGAAAUUGUGGGAAUUGGCUACACGGGGUGGUUUGCAUACCACAACCUGGUUUUCAAGCCUGACAGGGACGCACUGAUAGCAAAAAUCAAGGGCAUAUAUGGUGAAAUUAUUGGGAGCAGCAGCUAAACUAAGCUACAUGAGACGAGACGGUAUCAAAGAGAUUUGAAGUGUUUCCACUGAGGCCAUUUUCUCAUGCAUCUGAAGAUCUAUCCAUGAGAGUAAAGAAAUAAUAUAUCCUUGCAUGGUUUUGCUGAAGUAUUUUGAUUGAAUUUUGACCUUAGUGAACGUGUCCAUCAAUCAAAUUCUCUUGAUAGUAAAUAUAUAUAUAUUUUUCUCUUGAUAGUAAA